AGAACUUCAAUCCCAUCUCUGCUAAUCGGUUCUUCGCCGGAUUCACGUCGGAAUCUUUUCCUUUUCCGAUCAAAUCAGCUUCUUCUGCAGGUUCAUGUUCUGUUGUUAAUUGAUGAAUAUCAGUUAGUUUUCAUUCUGUAAUGCAAUCAGUUGACUAUAGCAAGGAAAGGAAGAAUUUGAAGCGUGCCAGAUCAUUGUCUCCCUGCGAUAUGCCUGUAACUGACACCAUUGCCAUGCAAACUCUUGAUGAUUGUAUUCUUUUUCCUCUUGAGGAGAUAGUGCAAUCCCCAUUACCAGGAUAUGUUGCCCCUUCUUCUGUCUGUUUCAGUCCGGAUGAUAGCUUGAUAGCCUUUUUGUUUAGUCCUGAUCACACUUUGAGUAGAAAGGUUUUUGCUUUUGAUCGCCAUACUGGCAAGCAAGAGUUGCUCUUCAGUCCGCCAGAUGGUGGACUUGAUGAGAGUAAUAUUUCUCCAGAAGAGAAGUUGAGGAGAGAGAGGUCAAGGGAGCGUGGGCUCGGAGUAACCCGCUAUGAAUGGGUGAAGACUACUGCAAAGAAAAAAGCAAUCAUGGUGCCCUUACCUGGUGGGAUUUAUUUCCAGGAGGUUCCUGGUUCAAAACCAGAGCUCAAGCUUCCAAGUACAUCAUCCUCACCCAUUAUUGAUCCACAUCUUUCCCCAGAUUGUACCAUGCUCGCUUAUGUAAGAGAUUAUGAGUUACAUGUCAUGAAUCUCUUAUACAAUGAGCAAACACAAUUGACAUCUGGUGCCGACGGGAAUGUUGUGACUCAUGGCCUUGCUGAGUAUAUAUCUCAGGAGGAGAUGGAUAGAAAGACUGGGUAUUGGUGGUCACUUGACAGUAGAUUUAUAGCAUUCACUGAAGUUGAUUGUUCUGAAAUACCCCCUUUUAGAAUUAUGCACCAAGGGAAAAGCUCAGUUGGUCCAGAUGCACAGGAAGAUCAUGCUUAUCCAUUUGCAGGAGCUUUAAAUGUAAAAGUUCGCCUAGGGGUAGUUUCUGUUUUGGGAAGUCCUGUCACUUGGAUGGAUCUUCUCUGUGGGGGUGCAAACCAUGAAGAAGAAUAUUUGGGUAGAGUCAACUGGAUGCCUGGAAAUAUUCUCACAGUUCAGGUUUUGAAUAGGUCUCAGUCUAAAUUAAAAAUCCUUAAGUUUGAUAUCAAGACAGGCCAAAGAAAGGUUCUUUUGGUAGAAGAACUAGAACCAUGGGUUAAUUUACAUGACUGCUUUACACCUCUGGAUAAAGGAGUUACCAGAUAUUCCGGAGGGUUUAUCUGGGCAAGUGAAAGAACGGGGUUCAGACAUCUUUAUCUUCAUGAUGUUAAUGGGACUUGCUUAGGACCCAUCACUGAAGGUGACUGGAUGGUUGAACAGAUUGCUGGCGUAAAUGAGGCUGCUGGGCUAGUUUAUUUCACAGGAACACUGGAAGGACCUUUAGAAACUCAUCUUUACUGUGCUAAGUUAUAUCCAGAUGGGAACACUACCUUGCAGCCCCCUGUGAGAUUAACUCAGGGUAAGGGAAAGCAUCUGGUGGUGCUUGAUCAUCACAUGCAGAAUUUUGUUGAUAUAUAUGAUUCCCUUGAUUCUCCCCCUAGGGUUUCACUUUGCUCCUUGUUUGAUGUAAGCAUAAACAUGCCUCUGUAUGACCAACCACUAACCAGUCCUCGACUUAAAAGACUUCAAAUUGAGCCUCCUGAGAUAGUUGAGAUACAGGCAAAAGAUGGGACUGUGUUAUAUGGAGCUUUAUAUAAGCCUGACAUGACAAGAUAUGGACCUCCACCAUACAAAACCUUGAUCAGUGUGUAUGGUGGUCCUAGCGUACAGUUUGUAAGUAAUUCAUGGAUAAAUACAGUUGACAUGAGAGCGCAAUUCUUGAGAAGCAAGGGCAUUUUAGUUUGGAAGUUGGAUAACAGAGGAACUGCUCGGCGUGGACUAAAAUUUGAAGGUUCUCUCAAGCACAAUGCUGGACGUGUUGACGCUGAGGAUCAGCUUAUUGGAGCUGAAUGGCUUAUUGAACAAGGGCUAGCACAAGCCAACCAUAUUGGGGUUUAUGGUUGGAGCUAUGGUGGUUACCUCUCAGCCAUGAUCCUGGCCAGGUUCCCUGAGGUCUUUCGAUGUGCUGUUUCUGGUGCUCCUGUUACAUCAUGGGAUGGAUAUGACACAUUUUACACUGAGAAGUACAUGGGAUUGCCUUCUGAGAAUCCUGAAGGUUAUGAGUACGGCUCUGUGAUGCACCAUGUGCACAAGAUGAAAGGAAGGCUGUUAUUGGUGCAUGGAAUGAUUGAUGAGAAUGUACACUUUCGGCACACUGCAAGGCUUGUUAAUGCACUUGUAGCAGCUGUAAAACCCUACGAGCUAUUGAUAUUCCCAGAUGAGCGUCACAUGCCACGCCGUCAUAGGGACCGUAUUUAUAUGGAAGAGAGGAUCUGGGAAUUUGUGCAGAGAAACUUGUGAGGUAGCAUCUUGUUUCUGUGUAAUAUACUGUUGUUGGUUAUCACUGUUACAGACAAUAAGAUCGCAUGGGGCUCAUUACUCCUUUAGAGAGAAUGGGAUUUUUCUGCCCUUCAGAUCAACUGGGGCAAGACAACUUCUCCUGUUUACAGAGUUCCUGAAGGACAACUGACCUUGUUGGUCUGGUCUGGUCUGGUCUGGUCUGGUCUGGCAAAUUAUGAAAACCAGAAACUCUGCAAGAGUCGCCUUUGGAUGAACUCAGGAUUUUGAUUGUUUUCUAGAUUCCAGAUAACUACCUUUUUGUAGGGAUGGCAGACGCUUUUGUAAAAUUGCCACAUUAUUAGCAAUAAUAUGCCUACUUUUGA